CGGCCGUUGGUCAAAGGAAGUCCCGCCCUCCAGGUUUUGUGCGGCGUGUACGCUUGUUGGCGAGUACGGUAGCAGCGAAGGGUCGUUUCUGGUCUUUCUUUGAGUUCGGUCCGUAAAGGCGGCAGGAGGAAGGCAGCGAUGGCUCCCAAAGGCGGCACUGGUAGCGGUGGGGCUCGGCAGCAAUCUGAGGAGGAGCUGCUCCUGCAGGAUUUUAGCCGCAACUUGUCGGCUAAGUCCUCUGCGCUCUUCUUUGGCAACGCGUUCAUCGUCUCUGCUAUCCCUAUUUGGCUAUACUGGCGGAUAUGGCACAUGGAUCUCAUUCAGUCUGCCGUCCUCUACAGCGUUAUGACCCUUGUCAGUACAUAUCUGGUUGCUUUUGCCUACAAGAACGUAAAGUUUGUUCUUAAACACAAAGUAGCCCAGAAGAGGGAAGAUGCCGUGUCCAAAGAAGUAACUCGCAAGCUCUCAGAAGCAGACAAUAGGAAGAUGUCACGUAAGGAGAAAGAUGAGAGAAUUUUGUGGAAGAAGAACGAAGUGGCAGAUUAUGAAGCAACAACAUUCUCUAUCUUCUACAAUAAUACACUCUUCCUGGUCUUGGUCAUCAUUGCCUCCUUUUUUAUGCUGAAGAACUUCAAUCCCACCGUAAACUACAUCCUUUCCAUCAGCGCUUCGUCUGGAUUGAUUGCUUUGCUAUCUACGGGUUCCAAGUAGAUAGAAUUGGGUGGGUGGGUUGGCCCUACCCUGUCACAUUUAACUGCAUGGAUUGGGGAGUGUUCCUUUUUAUAUAGCUUGAAAACAUGAGAAUUUUUUUUCUACAAGAAGAUGGGAUGGAAAUAGAGAUUAUGGUUCCUUCAUAAAAUAAUAUAACAAAAUGAGUACACCAGGUAUUGCAGUUUCGGCCAGUGAAAUGCUUCUUUAAAAUACUUUUGACAGUUAAAACUUCUGUUGGACAUUGGGUUCAAAGAAAGGCAUAUGCACAUUGUGUCUGAAUGUCUCUUAGGAAAACGUUACAAAUUUUUUCUUUUUUCUGUCAGUGAGAUGGGCCAUGUUGGCUGCAAGCAGUGACUUUAUCCCUGAACAUUUUGUAAUCAUGUUUGAAUAAAAGCUUUAAAGAAUACGAGAA